CGCAACGACAACGCCAAAGCAGCUGUAGCAAUAUGAGCGCAUAGAGACGUCGAGACAAGGUCUGCAUCAGCUAUUAUAGACUCCGACUAUGGCGCAUCGACGUGAGCUGCUGGUCCGGCGAGAGUCAGCCAUUGACCUCGAGCCGCAGCUCAUGUAUGGCUACGAAAACUCCCACCUCGUCGAUAUCCUGCUCUCCUCGUCAGAGCUCUGCGACUACCAGUUCUACGACAACCCCGUCGCAGGUCUUGGGUGCACCUCUGAGUAUGUCCUCAUCGAGGCCCUUCAAAAACGCACGGGCAAGCUCGUUACAUGCAAGGUUUCGCGACAAGUCUUGCGGGUACAACGCGACGUAUACUUUACCAAUAAGCUCGUCAAGCAUGAUUCUCACAACCUUAUUGUCAAGCCAAUCUGCAGUAUAAAGCUCCCGGAACACAAUCUCGUCGUGCUGGUGAUGGAUGUCGAGCAACACAAUGUCCUCCGGCGAUAUGACAUUCUUGCGGCGCUUUCGAUCAAGGACUUUCUACAGUUUGCCAUCCGAGCAUGCUACUGUCUCGAGUUCAUUCAUUCACAAGGGAUUGUCCAUGGAGAGAUACGGCCUGAUGCGCUGCUCUGGUCAUCAGUGGAUCAAGUGCGCCUCUUCCCAUUCGGCUCUGGCGUACGGUCCUGGGAGAGUGCGCUGAGCAGUGAGAAUUGGAAGAAGCUCUCUCAAGAACGAGGACUUGACCGACGCCUAGCAUUCAUCUCUCCAGAACAGACUGGACGGACCAGCAAGGAACCAGGACACAGAACGGACCUCUACUCGCUCGGACUCGUCUAUUACUUUGUACUAACUCGCCAUCUGCCAUUCGAAGGUACACCUUUGCAGGUGCUUCAAGGCGCAUUGUCUAAAAAGUGCCCUGAUGUAUCUGCGCGUCGCAAUGAUGUUCCCCCGCGGCUGGUUCGCAUUAUUGAGAAGCUUACGGCAAAACGCGUGGAAGAUCGCUAUCAUGGUGCCAGCGGCAUUCGCCAAGAUCUAGAGCAGCUUGUGCAGAAUCCACGCUGUGAUACGCCCAUCGGCCAAAAUGAUGUUUCUUCUACAUUCGUCUUGCCCACAGGCAUCAUUGGCCGAGAAGUCGAACAGGAGAUGAUUGUGCGUCAACUUGCACGGUUCUCCAAAACACAUGUCAUUGCACAAUCAGCGAAGCGCGGCAUCCUCCAGUCUACUCGGGACGUCGACAUGUACAGCCUCGAUGACACGCGUUCUCAGGCCUCGAGCCGCUCAUCUGUAGCCAACUCUUUCAGCCGCAGUGGCAGCCUUUCUACUGCAAAUUCUGCAAUGCGCCUCGAUGCAGAUCCCAGUUCGAAACAGCGCUGUCAGUGCCUUGUGCUCAGUGGCCCAGGUGGCAUAGGCAAAUCAUCCCUCGUCUCCCUUGCUGCCGUGGAAGCACGUCGGUAUGGUUAUUUUGCCAAUUCUAAAUUUGACCGUGCUCAAUCAACGCCGUACUCUGCUAUAUUGCGAUGCGUGUCUUCUAUUCUUCAGCAGGUUCUCGCAGAGAGUGAACAGCUCAUUCAUGAUUUGCAACAAAAUAUUCGGCAAUUGACCGCAAAUGGAGGCAUCGCACGGAUGGAACCGUUGUCUGAUUUGCUUCCAGAGCUGAAGGCAUUCGUUCAAGGCGCGCAAGACCCAGAUAGCCCUGUUGCUCAUCAUACAUCGACUGGGGGAUCCAUGUCCUCACAUGAUAGCAAGAUGAUGAAUUCCGACGCGGCAAAUUCCUCGCACUAUGUCUCUGGUGUGCAACACGUACGCAGCGGCGGCACAAAACUACGCUUCAUGAGCAUGUUUCUCGAUGUUCUUCGGACUCUGUCUGCCAUCAAGCCCAUCACUAUUGCUCUUGAUGAUAUCCAUCAAGCAGAUGAUGCCUCAUUAGAGCUGAUACAAACAAUCCUCAGCGCCAAAUUGCACAUCAUGCUUGUGUUGUCUUUUCGCAACAAUGAGGGUCUCGAGGAGACUGCGCUAGGUGCCUUCCUUGCCCAACCAAACCACAGCAUAAAUGUUAUGCAGAUUACGCCUCUCUCCGAUCGCGCUAUGUUGCAAUAUGUUGCCACAACGCUUGCACGUACCCCUGAAUACGUUGAGCCUCUUGCCAAGGCCCUCUUGCAACGUUGUGGAGGCAAUGCCUUUUUCAUGCGGGAAAUCAUCUCUCGUCUACACCGCGAUCAGGUCAUCACCUUUGAUUGGAAGAUGUCGAGAUGGCAAUUUGAUUCUGCCCUUCUGCAGAGUGCCCUUAGUCAAACAUCUCUCGAAGAUGACUCCUUAAUUCAAGCUCGACUUCGCAGCAUGAAUAAAGCAGCUCAAGUGCUUGGUCAUAUGGCUAGCUUCUUUGGACGGACCUUUUCAUUCAACGUUGUUCGUGACCUGAUGCUCAAAGACAUCUCUUGGACAGAAGACUUGAGUGAAGUCUCCGAAAUCGAUGCAGCAGACUAUGCCGUUGCAGGUCUGCAGGCUGCUUUGACAGAAGGUAUCAUCGUGGCCAUUGAUGAGGACAAUUAUGCCUUUGUUCAUGAUCGUUAUUUGAGCGCAUUCAAAGAACUUGCUGGGCCAGAUUCCAACGCUGCACAAGUUCAUUUCUAUGUGGCAGAGGUGCUUCAUGCUGCGGACAAGGAUAUCUUCUUCAUUGCCGACAACAUUGUCAAGGCGAUUCCGCUUGUCAAGGCUUUGACUUCUUCCGAGAUUAUGUUUUGGCGUCGUCAAAUCUUUCUUGCGGGCACAAAGGCAGGAGAAUCUGGUGCGCACGAGGUCGCCAUCCGAUACUAUCGCGCAUGUACAGAGCUCCUUGCUGAGGAUCGGUGGUCUGAGGAGGCAUACUCCAGCACGUUGCAGAUUCUCGCGCGCUUUGCGGAAUGCCUUUGGUGGGACAACAAGUUGGAUGAGGCACAGCAGAUUUUGGAUGAGAUCUUUGCCAAUGCAAGACAGCCAGUUGAUCGCGCCACGAGCCACAUCUUGCUUUGUCGCAUACAACAAACGCUUGGCCAACAUGAACAAGCCCGCGUACAAAUGACGGAAUGCAUCGUUGCUCUAGGCUUUCCAGUCGACCUUGAUCCGACUUUUGAAAAGCUCGACGCCUCUUUCGAUGCUCUGCGCAACAAGAUGGGCAAGCAAAAUUUGCAAAAGAUCCUUGCCACCCCAUUUAUCAAGGAUGAACGCAUCGCCGCCAUUGCAGCAGUCACAGCUGAAGCUACCACUGCCGGGUAUUGGUCUUCACCCUUGUGGUUUACUGCCUUGUCUCUCUUCAUGACACAAAUCCAAAUUGAGCACGGCAAUUAUCCCAGUGGUGGUAUGGGCUUUGUCUACUUAGGCAUUUCCGCCGUGUCUCGCAAGCUGAUGAUUGACUAUGGUGUCGAAUGUGGCCGUAUUGGCAGAGCUCUGCUUGAUCGCGAUGCUGGUCCUGGCACAAUGGCCCGUGGACUUAUGUGCUACUAUGCCUUUUUGCAUCACUUUGCUGGCUCACUUGACGAGUGCUUGGUCGGACAGCAAACAGCGCUGCAAAAUGCGAUUGCCGCCGGUGACCGCAUCUAUGCGUCUUUUUGUCUUUCUCACAUUGCUUCGCUUGCCUUCUGGGGAGGCGACCGUCUAGAGCUUGCGAAGAAGGUAUGCCAAGAGGGUUUGUCUGACUUAGAGACUUGGAAUUCCGAGACGGAUGCCACGACACUGAUUCUCUCAAUUCGCCAAUGUGUUUCUGCCCUUCAGGGCUUGACGCAAGUGAAUAAUCCCGAUGCCAUCUUUUCAGACCACACGUUUGACCACUUGCAGCAUAUUGCCAAGGUGUCCAAAACUUCAGCUGUACCAGAAGUGCCUUUGAAUUGGUAUGGCUCGUAUUACCUCAUUCCACUCUUCCAUUACGGCUUCCACGAAAAGGCCCUUGAAGUCGGGGUCUCCUUCGAAGCUACAAUUGAUUAUCAUCCCUGUCAUCGCCACACCCGGCAAGGUCUUUUUUGGCUCGGUUUAUCCGUUGCUGCAAGGAUAAAGAAGGGUGACCGCGCGCAUAUUCCCAAGCUACGUAGCUUGCAUGCGCAAGUAUUUGCCUGGUUGGGUCCUUACAAACACAAUUACUUUUGCUGGGCAAAACUAUUGGAAGCAGAAAUCAAUUCGGUCGAUGGCCAAUUUCAACAGGCAGCAACAGCGUAUGAAGAAGCGAUCCAGUCUGCGCGAAUCAGUAAGAUGUGUCAUGAGGAGGCUCUUGCGCAUGAGCUGGCUGGUGUCUUUUACCUUGCUAAUGGUCUCAUCACCGUGGCCACUAGCUUGCUCCGCGAAGCCGUACUGCUCUAUAGCAACUGGGGAGCAAGUGGUAUUGUCAAUGCGCUACAGCAGCGUCAUGGAACUCUGCUGAAUCGUCGCAUUAGUGAGACGGUUGACGCGGCUGUGCAAACUGAGCAGCAAGAGGAAGAAGUCCAAUGGUACCAAGGCGAGAAGCAAACCUCUAUGAUGGACCUUGACAUUGGCCCGAAAGACAUGGAUGACAAGGAUUUGCUUAGCCUGGACGUCAUUGAUCUUACGUCCAUCAUCAAAUCGAGCCAAAUUAUCAGCUCUGAAGUGAAUGUCGAGACGCUUUUCGUUAGGCUUCUUGGAGCCAUUUUGGAGACCGUCUCUGGUGAAUCAGCCGCCAUCAUUGUCAAGGAAGAGGGCGCCUUUGCUAUCGCUGCGAUUGGAACACCAGAAAAGUAUGAGACCUUCAAGCCGCCAAAGCCUCUCGCUGAUGAUGAGCGUCAAAUCUCAGCACGCAUCGUCAACUAUGUCAUCCACACAAGAGAGUCGCUCUUGCUUCCAAGCACAGCAGAAGACGCGCGUUUCAGUAGUGGUCCAUGGUAUCGCGAGAAUGGCGAGCGAAGUGUCCUAGCUUUGCCAAUCGAGCACAAGGCAGCUCUGGUUGGCGUGUUGUAUCUACAGGGUGCAACGUUUGCUUUCAACGCACGUCAUGUGCAAGUCUUUCGCAUGUUGUCACAACAGAUCGGAAUAUCCAUUACGAAUGCUCUUCUCUUCAAGUCUGUGCAGAAGGCCACAUUGGCCAAUGUAGCAAUGAUUGAGUCGCAAAAAGAAGCCCUCACCAAGGCGCGUGACUCGGAGAACAAGUACAUGGCGGUGCUCGAGACAAUGCCAUGCAUCAUCUGGACCGCCGACGAAUCUGGCACUGUCGACUAUCUCAAUGGGUUCUGGUUCCGCUUCUGCGGCGCGGGUGCACCAUCCUGGCAGGACAAUGCAUGGACCCAAUGCAUCAUGCCAGAAGACUUAAUCACCACGAGAAAGGUAAUGCAAAGUGCCAUCCACACCGGCAUUUACGAGGAACACGAGAUCAGGGUCAGGGACUUGCACGGCGAUUUCAAAUGCCACACAUCCCGGGCGACAGCGCUUCGUAUCGGGGGCAAAGUGGUCAAAUGGAUAGGUGGUCUCAUUGACAUUGACAAUCAACGCAAAUCUGAAGCGUCUGCCCUGAAGGCAAUGAAUCUCCAAAGAACGUGGAUGGCCUCGAUCUCGCACGAAUUGCGGACGCCUUUUGCGGGAUUUUUCGGUAUGCUCGGGCUUCUAAGCGAUACUCCUCUAGAUGAGGAACAGCGAGACAUUGUCACGACAGCCCAACAGUCGGCGACAUCACUUUUGCAAAUCAUUGAUGACUUGCUCAACUUCUCCAAGCUUGAAGCUGGCAAAGUUUCUCUCGAGCAUGACCUCAUAUUUUCAGUGGAAGACUUGCUUACUGACUGUGUUGAGCUUAUUCAACCACUCGCGGCGAAGAAGCGCCUCGAGAUUGCCGUUGAUUGCAAAGGUAUCCCGUCCAAAGUGGGUGGCGAUAGCAACAAACUGCGGCAGGUCAUCACCAACAUCCUUGGCAAUGCCAACAAGUUUUGUGCCGCUGGCCAAAUUGUUGUGAAGGCCUCCACUGAGAAUUGUCCACCAGCUGAUGAUGACACAAUUUUUGUCCGUUUCGACAUAUCCGACACUGGCAUAGGCAUGGCCGCAGAUGCAAUGAAGGUUCUGUUCAAGCCAUUUUCGCAGAUAGACCAGUCUAUUGAACGCAAGUUUGGCGGGACGGGUCUUGGUUUGAGCAUCUCGUGGCAGAUUGUCCGUCUCAUGGAUGGAGACAUUGGUGUUGAGUCGACGGUCGGCGUUGGAAGCAACUUUUUCUUCUGGGUCAAGCUGCGAAAGGUCAAUGCUUCAACUGUGGAUGCUCAUGCCGAGGAAGCCUUGCGCAACGCACAACUGAUCAAGCAAGAUCUGGCUGGUGUGCGCCAGGUACUUGGUACGUCCUUCAUGUACACCCAGAACUCUCUUUCCGCGUGCAUACCAGAAAACGCACCGAUGGUCGUUUGCAAGAGCGCAGAGGAAAUGAUGUCGACCCUCAGAUCUGCAGCACCAUCACGACCUGUGCAAAUCUUAAUUUGGGACUUCGAUCUUGAUCAGUCGGCGGAGAUGCUGUCCUCAGUACUGGACGAUCCAGCUUUGUCCAUGUUGCAAGUCCUUUGGCUCCAUGUUCCGGGCGCCACCGGGCCCGAAGAGGGCCGAAUGGCUGGUGCACGUCGACACAACAGUGCCGAGACCGUUCAUGCAAUGACUAUGCGCUAUGGAGAUCGACUGACGCGCUUGACGAAGCCUAUUAGAACGCAAAAGCUCGCGCUGGCUUUCUCAAAAGCCCUUGCCAAUUUGAAGGGCGUGCACAAAAAGGGAUUGCGGUCAUCCAAGAAUUCUGGGCCACCUACUCUGUCUCGCAGUGCCUAUACUGGUGUCUUUACAACCGCUGAGCUUGCGACUCUGCGCACACGACGCGUCUUGGUUGCAGAGGACAAUCCCAUCGCACAAAAGUUGCUUUUCAAGCAGCUCUCCAAGUAUGGCUUGAACGUCGAUGUCGCUAACAAUGGACUUGAGGCGAUUGCACAUUACGAGAUGCACGAGCCAGGCUACUACGAUAUAUUUUUCUCUGACCAUCACAUGCCACUGUGCUCGGGCAUUGAUUGCGCCAAGACAAUAAGGCAAAAGGAACAGGCCAAUCAAGCCCGAGUGACGCUACCCAUCAUCGCUCUUACAGCCGACAUUGUCCCGGAGAAUCGUGAUGCUUGUCUAGCUGCAGGGAUGGAUCGAUAUCUGAGCAAGCCACUCCAGAUGGCAUCUCUCAUUAGCACAAUUCGGCAAUACAUAUUUCGGUAGUCUUGUAGAUUGGAGUUGUACAUUAAA